AUGGCUGCUGCCUCCCCGCUGAGAAACCUGGAGGACGAGGUGCUGUGCUCCAUCUGUCUUGGCUUCUUGAGAGACCCAGUGACCAUUGACUGUGGUCAUGUCUUUUGCUACCACUGCAUCAUUAAGGUCUGUGAAUCUUCUAGGCAGCCGUUAAACUGUUCUCUUUGCAAGACAGCUUUUAAGAAGGAGAACAUGCGCCAUGUGUGGCAGAUGGCCAGCUUGGUGGAGAACAUCUGGAGGAUGAAGGUAGAUGAGGAGAGACAGCCCAGAGAGGAAAGACCGCCUGAGCAGAAGGCAGCGAAGCUGUGUGGGCGACAUCUGGAGAAGCUGCACUACUACUGCAAGGACGACCAGCAGAUCCUGUGUGUGAUGUGUCGGGAGUCCCGGGAGCACCGGCACCACGCUGCCGUUCUCUUGGAGAAGGCUGCACAGCCUUAUCGGGGUAAAAUUCUAAAUCAUCUGAAGGUUCUGAAGGGAGACAGAGAUAGAAUUCAGAAUUUUCAGUCCACAGGAGAGGAUGAAAUUCAGGCUUUGCUGACAAAAUUCCAGAACCAGAAGCAAGACAUUGCAUCCCUGUUUGAACAGGGCCAUCAAUUCUUGAGAGAAAGGGAGCAGUACCUUUUGGAGUGGCUGGUGGGGCUGGAACAGGAGCUCACGGAAGGGAGGAAUAGCCACGUCACCAAGGGCUCCGAGGAGGUGGUCCGGCUCGUGGCUCUGAUCGCAGACUUAGAGAAGAAGGCUCGGCAGCCAGCACUUGAACUUUUGCAGGAUCCAAGUGACAUAUUAAGCAGGUAUCCUCGGAAGAAGUUCUGGAUUGAAAAGCCUAUCAGUCCUGCAAUCAAAAAACGAGCAGAAGAAUUUUCAGAUAAACUUGCUUCUUUAGAGAAAGGACUCAGAGGAUUCCAUGGAAAGUUGAUGAGGGAUCUGGAAUAUAAAACAAUGAGAAUCAUCCUGAAUUCUCAGACAGCCAAUGGCUACCUCUCAGUGUCUCCAAAUGGGAAGAGUAUGAUAUUCACUGGCUUAUGGAUGAACAAAUACCAACACGGUCAGCGAUUUGAUCCUGAGCCUGGUGUGCUGGGCAGCAAUGGCUUCACAUGGGGCAAAGUAUACUGGGAAGUCAAAGUGAACAGAAUCUGGUGGGGAGCAGAGGAGGAAGAAGAAGCAAUGCGGUACAGGGGUGGAGCCAGAGGUGUGUUUGGCAGUAGCUAUUUUAGUGGAUUCUUAGGCAUCGCUGAUGAAUAUGGUUCUCCUGGAUAUAGAAAUGAGAAUGAAGAGUUGGAGGAGGAAUGGUCUCAGGAAAAUGGACUAUGGCCCAAAUUCUGCGUAGUAGGGGUGGCAAGAGAGUCAGUGGUAAGAAGAGGAUUUCUCAACUUCACCCCUGAGGAGGGAUUCUGGACUCUGCAGCUGUCUUCAGCUGGAGUCUGUGUAUGCACUGGCUCUGAUCCCUUCCAGAUUCUGUCCUACUGUCCAAGAAUGAUUGGAGUUGCUUUGGAUUAUGAUGGAGGGAAGGUAACCUUUACCAAUGCUAGAACUCAAGAGUUCAUCUACGAAUUCUCAUCUUCCUUCACUGGGAGAAUUUUUCCUUUCCUGUGGCUUAAUUGCGUGAGAUCCAGACUUACACUGAGACCCUGA